AUGAACCCAAGCUCACUGUUUGCUGUUGAGUCUGAUCCUGUUACCUCCGACAAGCCUGAGUCUGUCACCUCCGAUAAGCCUGAGUCCACUGGCUGGUUGGACGUCGAUGAUGACGACACGUGCUCAGAAGCUUCCUUCUGUUCAGCUGUCUCUCACCUGGCUGUUGGUCCUGGUGCUGAUAAACUUGAACAGGAUCACAUCACUAGCGCUCAUUCAUUUGACAUCUGUGAUGACACCACUCUGCCGUCGAGCUACCGCGUCCUUCCGACCGGGAGUCGCCGUGACCUCGAGUGUGGGUUACUAUACCCAGAUUAUGGCAAUUUCUCAGGGGAGCGGCUCAUCCAAUAUGACGGGUAUGGACUUUCUUUCGGUCCCAAACUCUGGAGCGAACAUGAAGGCCGCCUCCCACUCCAGCCCGCGGUUAUGAUUGAUGAGAAUCGGCCUGCCUCAAUGUCCAUCUUCGCAUCGCCGAUUCAAGACCGCUCCGAGCAAACCUACAAAGAGCAAGUUUUGGUUGUCUGCCGACCAUUCCCCCCCACCAAUUUCCGAAAUCUGUUGACCGGUCACAGCGAGACCUCCAAUCUUUGGGAUUGGAGACAAUGUUCGAGCCCUCGUCACAUCGUUGUUGAGCACCACAACCCCAACGUCGGUCGGGGCAAAUGCUUUCGCUAA